AUGUUAAGAGAAAGGUCGAUACCAAAGUCGCCACAGAGCGGCAGGAAUACGCCGAAUGAAGUAUUUUUCAAUUCCAAAAAUUACACUGAAUUGGAACACAUUCAGCGCCGUGCACAGAAGAAGCUGCAAAAUGCAUCAUCGAAACGGGAGGAAAGACUCGAUGAUGAGGAGCAAAGUCGGCUGGAAGAGGAGAAACGACGCAAAACGGCAGCGUUGGAAAGAAGUAAAAAGGAAAGCCUAAAACCAAGGGGACCUUGUGAUAUGUGCAUCAAGGCCGCCAACUGUGCAACGCAAAUGAAUGAGCCAAAGGUGUGUAAGAAGAUAUUGCGAAGGCCUAUUGCACCGAGAUGUACCUGUAUGGAUCCGACGGACGGACAACUACCCGUCUUAGCGAUCGAGCAGCCCGUUGAUAUUGACGACUGGGCGUACAAACCCUUCAGCACCAUCGUUAGCGGAGGUGCCGCUGGAUACCGUGGACACUUCCCGCUACUCAUGCAGAAAUGCACAGAGGCUGCGGAGAAAGAUACCAUACAGGUACAGACUGAAACGAGACGUCACUCUGUCGUCACUACCAACUACCUGACGGGCAGAAUCAAGUUAGAAUCCACGGGUCAUAAAAGUGUCAAUCUGAGUGUCUUCCCCGUCCUGCAUGUUGUCCUCAGUAGUAGCGAGGACGAGGACGAGUUGUCAUCGUCAGAUGCAGGAGACGAUUACGAGCAGGAGGACGAGCUGGCGAAUCUUCGGCCUCAUGCCGCGCAGUCAACAUCAGAGCAUGAGAUGCCGACACCGAGAAGACGUUCCCCUGCUGCCUCAAACUCCGGUCAGCAGAGACGGCGCUCGUCUCUCGCCCCUGGGUCAUUACCGGGACGCAGACCCCAAGGACCGGGUACUUCCCCCCGUGUUGUCCGGAGAAGGUCCAUUGACCAGUCCUCUCUUGCCCAGUCAUUUGCCAAGGCGCUCGAAGCUGCGAUGACCCCGAUCUCGGAGGAGGAGAAGCGGGCCGUGUCCCCCGGAGAGGAAUUCGACGUGAAACACGCCGAGGAGACGAUGAUCCAUAUGGCACAGAAUCUACAAACUCUAGAAAAGUUUCUGCAAGGAGGUUCCACCAGCUCGGUGUCUGACGUGAGCAGCAGUGACGACAGUUUGUAA